CCCUUCGCCCCUCAGACGACCACCCUUGUUUUUAUCAGUAAUUUUAUAGUGACUGUCGAUUCUGCUUCGUUUUCAUUAAACUUCUGAUUUAUAAUUUAGUACAAGUAGAAUACAAAUUAAAUUUGCAUGUUCAGUAUUCUAACCAUAUUGUGAUUUCCUAUUAUUCAUAUUAAUAUUGUGAUUCGAAACUGUUAUUGUGACAGUGUUGUUUUAACUUAAUUCCUCUCCUUUGUUUUUAUUUUCAUUUACCAAAAUGCCUAUAUUAUUUAGCGUGGUAGCGCGAGGUACUAUUGUUCUAGCUAAAUAUGCUACAUGUGAAGGCAAUUUUACUGUAGUUACCGAACAAAUAUUAUCGAAGAUCGCACCCCAUGAUGAUAAAUUGACUUAUUCCCAUGGAAAUUAUCUAUUUCACUACAUCGCUGAAAAUAAAUUGGUAUAUUUUUGUAUUACGGAUGAUAAAUUUCAACGGUCUAGAGCAUUCCUUUUCCUUAAUGAGAUUAAGCGGCGGUUUAUCGCAGCCUUUGGAGAUACUGCACAGACUGCAAUUCCAUAUGCUAUGAAUGGAGAGUUUGCCAGAGUCCUAGCUACUGAAAUGAAACAUUACACUGAGUCGAGGGACUUAGAUGCCAUAUCAAAAGUGCACGGAGAAUUGGAUGAGUUGAAGGAUAUUAUGGUUAAAAAUGUUGAGAGUAUGGCAAUGCGUGGUGAAAAACUGGAGUUGCUGGUAGACAAAGCAGAUAAUUUGGCAACUAAUUCUGUUACUUAUCAAUGCACAUCGAGAACCCUCCAACGCUCUCUAUUUUGGAAAAACGUGAAAAUGUACGUGAUUAUAGCAGUCGUAGCAGCUCUCGCCGUCUAUUUAAUUGGCGCAAUGGCAUGUGGCGGCCUGGCGUGGAAGUCCUGUGUCGGUUAAAAUUGCUAGUACUUACAUAUUAUUAUCGUAACCUUGUUUUAUAAAUCGUAGAAUAGCAAGCAUAAUAUUACAAUAUUAUUUAAUUCAAUAAUAAUCUUACAAAAUAUAAUACUAUCUUAUACCGCGGCAUUGCCCGCUUGCAUCAGUAUAUAAAGUACCCGAAGUGUUAGGAUAUAACUUACCUAAGUAAUAAAUUUCAUUUAAAAUCUAUCCAGCUGUUUAAACAUGAUUGAUUGAUCAAUACAUCCAAACAUCUUUGCAAACUAAAACAUUCAAAAUAUUAAUAGGAUUAAUAUAAUUACUUCAUUACUAAUAUAUAUUUCGCAUGAGUCGUAAAUUUGAAGCAUUUUAAUGUAGUACGCUCUAGGAAACUCCUUCAAGGACUAUACAAUUAUAAUUGUUAGCAAUAAUAUAUUUGAUUGUAGCUGUUAUAUUGCAUAAAUCCAUACUUAUUAUUGGAUGUUUUUUCAAACUUCUAUUGAUGCAAGUACUUUCGACUAUAAAUAUUUCGAUGAUAGUGAGUUAUCACUACGAAAUAUUUAUUUCGUUAUGACGACUUGCUAUCAUUAGUAAAAAUCGAAACCAACAUUUUGAGUUAAACCCAUCGUGUUCUCUUAGGGCGAGUAUUCUACCAAGUGCAUAAAUGUUCAGAAGUAUUCUGUAAAUAUUUUAAGAUGUAACAUUGCAGUGUGGAAAUAUGUUUACCUAAGGAAUGUAAUUUUUAAGCUACUUCAAAAUGAAGGAGGUUCUCUUGUUUUUUAUUUUAUAUGAGUAUGUUACGCGAUAUCUUUGGAAAACUCUAAAUUUAUAUUGAUAUUUCUUUUUUCAAUCGAUACUGUCACUCGUGUCCAUUCAAUAUUAAUUUUAUCACUAAGUCUCGAAUAAAGUAGGUGUUUUCUGUGGGGCAAUAUCUUUAUUUACAUUACAAAUAUUUGAGGUUAAUAGUCAUUUAUAGUGGCUAGUCUUUUGUACAUACGAGUAGUUUAUCUAAACUAAAUAAAACAUUAAAUUUAAUAGUAUCUUAGGGUUUUUAAAUGAGUUUCGUAUUAUAAUACAUUUUACAUUAUUAAUUUUUUUUUAAAAUAAUGUAAGACCAGUAAUGAAACACGUUGACAGUUAAAAUUAAAACCUUAGUUAAAACCUUUAUGGAUUAUUAUAGUUUUAAUGAAUAAAGUAGUGUAUUGUUUAUUGAUCUGACCACUUAAUAUGUGACUGAUGAUGACUUGUUUAUAGUAAAAGGGAAUGUGUACAUACUUACUUGAAUAAUACUAGUCGCUAUAAAGCUAUUUACAGAGUAUGUAUUAAGCGAACACAUUGGGAUUCUACUGAUGAGGGUAGAUUUUUUCAAGAAUGUUUGGUUAAGUAUGCAUGUAAUGGCGGAAUCAAAUACAAUAAUCCUAGUAUAAUGACUAAUGUAAGCAAAAAAAAAUUGGAUGUCAGUUUUGAAUUGAUUUAAAUAAUUGUUUUUUAAUAGAUUUCUUUUUAAUUAUUUCCUUCCGUGUCUGUCCUAUAUUAAUUUUCACAAUAUAGUGGUCAGAUUCUUUUUUUUUUAAAUUUGUUACCUAAUUAUGCUUGUUAUUCUAUGGUUUUGGCUGUUCAUGUUUUUGCAUCUUUUAUAAGACGACUAUGAUUGUACUCUUGUAAAGUGUAACGAUUACAAUCUAUGAUUCCAUAAAAUAUAGAUAGUAAAAUUAUUAUUAUCCAAGAGCUGAUAGGAAAUUUUGACAAUGUAUUUGAUAAAAACAGAACGAGCCAGAAUGGAACAGCAAAGUCUGGUGUCUCAUCUUUCUUAUGAGCAUCCAUACAAUUUAUUUGCCACUUAUAAUGAUCAUGUAUCGUUUCUGAAAGUUGAUAACAUGGAAACCUGGCCUGUAUUCAUUUAUAAUAAAAAAAAAGAUUUAUUAUUAUUAUAUUUAUAAGAGCAAUAGAUAUACAAACUACGUAUCAAAAUUACAACAAAGAACAAACGAAGAUACGAAUAAUAAUCAGAAGUCGUAGUUGUUGUUAAUAUAAAAAUUAAAACCAAAUCUAUACUGAUAUAAUCAACUAAGUAUUAUAUUCAUUAUAUUUGUAUAUUUUUUGUCAAAUUCCUCGUCGAGUUCACUAUCAGCUCUCUGACUACGAUUUUAGUUGUUGUAUAACAAUUGAUUCUUAAAUUUAUUAUUCUUGAGUUUUAAAUCGAAGCCCUGGCUUCGAUUUUGAAUUAAAAAAAAUUAUAAUUAUGGAGAUGGUGUUGGGGGUUCCCUUAAUAUUUGUUAUUUUUGCAUAGCAUGUGAAAUUUCAGGUUUUAACAAUUGACAUAUCUGCAACUUAUUAAAUUACAUAUAUGAAUACUAAAGAAAAAUAGACUUAGGAAUCUGUAUGUAUACUAUUUUUAUUAUUAGCGACCCAAUAGAUACAGUUUUAAUAAGUUUUUCCUAUUUAUAAACAAAAGAAAAAAUAAACAAAAUAAUAAUAUACCUGUUUACAGUAUUUGUGUUUUCUAUUUUAAUGUAUAGUUAUUUUAAUUUUAGUAAAUCACGAAGACGCAUUGUUAUUGCACGCUUUAAAUAAUGUUGAUAAUUCAAAUAAAUUAUAUUUUAUGUUCAUUUGGUAUAAAAAAAUAUAUAUAUAAUGAUAAAUAACUGCUAUUUCAUGUUAAUUCCUUGUCCAUUAAAAUGAAAAUUAUGUCAACAUUUAUUUUGACAGCCACCAAUCAAUAAUUUGACGACUUUUAAUACGUAAUUAGUUUAUUAUCUUUUAAAUUAAUAAUGUUGAUUUAAGUUUUAUGUGGUGUAUUAUUUGUGCUGUCAAAUAAAUCUAAUUCUAUAUAAUUAUUACAGCAACCAUAUCACUUGGCCAAUAGUCAAAGCUGCAGUGUUAGUUAAGCACGUCCGAUUUAUUUGGUGGCUAAAACAAUAAUCACCUAAUCUCUAUGGAGUAAUUGUUUUUUUUAUUAGCCACUUUGCAUUCUUUGACAUUUUCGGCUAGUUGUUUUGAAGGAUUAAAGGCGUCCUUUGAUUGUCAAGCUGUUUGAUUAAAUGCGCAAAUCGUUAUGGUAAGGGAGUAAAAUGUUUGCAGUUGUAUGGAGACGUCUAAUUUACCGUGACUAUGUCAUGUUUAUGGAAAUUCUUAUACAUUCAUUUCGUGCCGUGACUUGUUACGAUAAAUUAUAAAAGUAUUCUAUAAUUAUAAAAACCGUCAGCAUCUAUUUUGUAUUGUUCGUUGAAGCUCAAAUAUGAAGCUUGAAAUUAAAAGUAUAUAGAUGGCGCUAUAUUCUGUGAUCCUAAUUUUUAUGUUUUGUGAAAUACAGUAAUUUGAUUUCUAAUGAAUCUGUUAGACUGCGUUAUACAUACAUUUUUUUAUUACGUCCACACAUUACAAAGUCUGCAUACAAUUGUAGACUAGGUUAUUUGGAGAUACAGUAGUUAAACCAAGUCACAAUAAACUUACCUAUCCUUUUUUUUCCUAAUAUUAAUUAAUUUUAUUUGAAAGGACGUAGUUUACAAGUUUUGUUUUUGUACAUGAUUUAACUGGUGUUAUAAAGAGUAUUGACAGUAGGAUGAUAAUAAACUACUAAUAAAAACGCUUUAAAAUUAAUACAGGCAGUGCUGAGGUAAAGUGUAAUGGACAAUUGCUAUUUCAUAAACAUACGUUAUAUGUUAUCAAAGAUUAUGUAAUGCAAUGCACCCAUUAAAAAUACACGAAAAAUUCAUUACUUUUAUUAUUUAAAUUGAUAUCAAUUACUUCAUGAAGUGAAUGGGUUGCGUUAAUUAUAAAGACUAGAAAGUAUUGUGAUAUAAAUUUGUACAUUGUAAGUAAGUAUAAUCUGAUUUAUUUUAUGAUAUAAUGUGUGUUAUAAAGCAUAUUUAGACUAUUACUAA